GCAAGCAAAGUUCCGGAGCUUUACUCACUACUUUCUACAUCUUCCCAACGACGACGAGGACAUCCCAGAACAUCAUCCCGACUUCUCAUACCACCGCCAACAUGGUCGCUCAAUCCGCUGAAUUCAAGAAGGCUGCCGAGGAGAGCAAGAAGCUCAAGAGCAAGCCAACCAACGACCAGUUGCUGAAGCUAUACUCGCUCUACAAGAUUGGUACUGGUGAAGACUUCUCCAAAGCCACUGCACCUGGCAUGUUCGACAUGACUGGCAAGGCCAAGUACAACGCCUGGAAGGCGGAAGUGGAAGCUGGAACGCAGCCAGAGGAGGCGCAGAAGAAAUACGUCGAGUUUGUGGAGGAGCUCAAGAGCAAGCUGGGGUUCAACGCAUAAGUGCAAGAGACAAAGAAUGAACAAAGCAUGAUGAAUGAACGUGGCUAUGGGGAAGACAGCAUAUAUCGAGGACAGUUCACACAAAACUGCGUAUGACACCAAUUUGUCACAGCUGUGGCGGAAUGUGAGUACACUAUACGGUAGCAGUGUUUGAGUCAGCACUGCACCAAGUGAACUGAAGAUGAAACCAAACGCAACUGAACUUGUCUCACAGCUCACAGAGCUUCGUCAACGCAGCA